GGGAAUCCUGAAAAGAAUAAAUGCACACCAAUUAGUUGUAGAAUUACAAGCAUACAAACACAUCACGAAGUUAGAGAGUGGGCAGACCGAGGAUGAAGGAGAGGAGGACAGAGAGAGUGAGGAUAAGGCGCUUCAGUCCAGGUUUCGUCUUUCGCAUGGUCUUAGGGUCGAAGCCGGGAUCGGAUUCGGGUGGCUUCGACAUCUGUGUCUGUGGGCUCUUCUCUUCGGAAGGUUGUGACGGAGACUCAGAGAUCUCCGCCAUUGCAGCAGCGGCAAGCAACCAAAGCUUCUAUAACAUCGAAUUGGCUUCGUUUCUAGCUCAAUUUGCAAUAGAUCGAUCAACUUGAGGCUAGCGAUAUUCAGAGUCCACACCUCCGCCGGCUCCCUCCAGUCCAAACCUCGCGCAGCUCUGAAACUCCGUUGGUCACCCAUCCUCUAUUCUUGACUUCGACUUCGCUCUGCAUUAGCCACUAUGCAACUUCUCAAGUCCUCAAUCAAUCAUCCAUUCACUCCACUCUCUUUCUCCCUCCUUCAUUGUCCUCCAUUGAUACUCACACAAAUGGUUCAGAGCUUGUAGCUUCGACAUGCGAUUGCUGCGUCCAUGGGCUAAUCACUUCAAGCUUGUCCUUUUGGCAUGUCAAGAAAAGCCUUCCAUUGCGAAGCUUCACGCUUUGAUAAUCUUGACCGGUACCUUCAUCCAAAAUGGCAUAAACGGCCAGCUCAGCUCUUAUGCACGUGUUGGUGAUAUCAAAUCAGCCCGUCAAGUGUUCGAUCAAAUGUCUCAACGAGGUGUUCAUGCAUGGAACGCCAUGAUUGUUGCCUAUUCUCGUAAAGGAUACCCAGACGAAGUUCUGAGUCUUUACCAUAGGAUGAUUUCUGAAGGGGUGAGACCCGACAGUUCCAUUUUUACUGUGGCAUUGAAGGUGUGCACUAGGUUGCUCGAUUUGAGAAUGGGGAUGGAGAUUUGGAGCAAGGCGGUGGAUUGUGGGUAUGGAAAUGAUGUCUUUGUCGGGUGUUCCGCGUUGAAUAUGUAUGCGAAGUGUGGGAAGAUGGAUGAAGCAAUGGAACUGUUCGAUAAAAUGCCAAGGAAGGAUAUAGUUUGUUGGACAACUAUGAUAUCUGGUUAUGCUCAGUGUGGAAGAGCAACAGAAGCUCUUGAUGUUUACAGAACAAUGCUAAAAGAGGGAAUGGAUGGAGAUGGGGUUGUCAUGUUGGGGUUGGUUCAAGCUAUUGCAAAUCUGGGUGACUCCAGAUUGAGUCUCUCAGUUCAUGGGUAUCUAAUUCGGAGAGAUAUACCAAUGGAUGUAGUAAUCCAAACCAGUCUUGUAGAUAUGUAUACUAAAACAGGACAUCUAAGACUUGCUUUUCAAGUGUUCUCGACAAUGACUCAUAAAAAUGUCAUAUCUUGGGCUGCUUUGAUUUCAGGUUUGGCUCAAAAUGGUUUUGCAGGAAACACACUUGAAUUGUUGGUAGAGAUGCAGAGUCAAGGCUAUGAACCUGACUUCGUUUGUCUUGUAAGUGCGCUUCUAGCUUGUUCACAAAUUGGGUGUCUCAAGUUGGGAAAAUCCAUCCAUGGAUAUCUUAUGAAGAGACUGGAUUUUGAGCGAGUUUCUGGAACUGCAGUUAUUGACAUGUAUUCCAAAUGUGGAUCACUUUCUUAUGCAUGUGCCCUUUUUGAUCAGAUGAGAUUUAAGGACACAGUUUCUUGGAAUGCAAUGAUUUCCACAUGUGGAGUCCGGAAUGGGAAGGAAGCUCUAUCACUGUUCCAACAGAUGAUAGAAACAAAUACGGAACCAGAUCAUGCAACUUUUGCUGCUCUUCUCUCUGCUUUAAGCCACUCAGGUCUUGUGCAAGAAGGUCGAUGCUGGUUCAAUUUCAUGAUCAAUGAAUUCAAGAUACCUGCAGAUGAGAAGCAUUAUGCUUGCAUGAUUGAUCUCCUGGCUCGUGCAGGCCAAGUUGAAGAAGCUUUGAAGUUGAUAGAUUCCAUGAAAGCUGAACCUGGGGUUGCUGUAUGGGUUGCCCUCCUUGGAGGUUGCUGCAACUAUGAGAAGUUUUUGGUUGGGGAGAAGGUGGCAAAGAAGGUUCUCGAGUUGAAUCCAGAUGAUCCUGGAAUAUAUGCCCUAGUCUCUAACUUCUUUGCCAAGGCACGUAAGUGGGAUGAAGUAGCUGAAGUGAAAAAGAUCAUGAAUAUGUCUGGAGUGAAAAAGGCCCCUGGUUUUAGUGUGAUUGAAGUGAAUGGAAAGCAACAUGCUUUUCUCAUGGAAGAUAAAAGCCACCAUCUUUGUAAGAAUAUUGUUUGUAUUUUGGAUAAUUUAGAUAUUGAAAUGAGAGUGGCAGGUUAUGUCAUGUUUGAUGAAUUUUUGCUGUUUGAUCUGGAAGAGGAUACUAAUGAAAAAGUUUACAGUAAACAAUAAAAUAUAGUUUA